CAAAAGGCUAACAGUUUUAUUCAUGGGAUUAAGGGCAAUUUUGCCCGUUUCUCCAUUUCCCCAAUUUUUUGUAAGUGGGCAUGUGACUUUCAUAAUUUUUUAUAUUUAUAAAUAAACCAUAACUAGGAAAAUUGAUGUCCUGAAAAGGAGUGAAAGAUAGCUUUUAUUUAAACUCAGUUCCCAGUGGGGGAAACGGGAAGGCACUGCUUAGUGAAGGUGAAGCUCUGACCAGUCAUGUGUCCCUCCAAGCUUUGUUCAUCCCUUCUGCUGGCUGAAGGCAUGACUUUCUCUCAGACCUCUUACUUCCCCAAGGCCUGCGUGGUUUCUGGACUCAUUCUGUCAGUAGUAGCUCACUGAGGUCUUGCAGUCCGAAACUAGUCUGUUACUGCUUUUACCCUUGAGUGCAGGUCUUCCUGAGAGGUGGGAGUGUGAAGGAUUGAGUCUUGUGGGCCUUGUGCCCUCCCCAGAGUUUGGAUGGAGGGGAGUGAGUAGUUGGUGUGUUUUCCUUCCUUGGUUAGACCCUAGGACUUCUUGGGCUUCUUGAGAACUGGUUGAAUUAAAGAAAGUGUCAACUUAGUUUCUUAGAUUUAUACUUUCAAACCUUUAAGAUGAAGAGAUGGACUGGAGCUUAACAGCAACAGUUGUGCAUUUCCACUGAAAAUGUGUUUCAUUUUAAUCCAUGAAAAUAGAAAAGUGAUUUCUAAGUGGUUUUCUCCUUGCUUCCUGGGUACUGCAUUGCCGGUUGGCACAGGAUUAGAGUGGGAGAGGGAGAGUGGGAAGUUCUGCCCAAACGUUCUAGUUCCUAGGUAGCAGAUAAUACAGUUCCAUUACUUUAGCAAAAGGUUAAAAUUUUCUCUUCUCUGAUUGUAGUUGGUUGAAAGUGGGCUCUCUGCCUUCAUAAAUUGGUCACUCAGCCCCUUCUCCUGAGGGGCUUUUCUGCAGGAAACUUUGCGCUGUGUGCUGAGUUACAGGUUUCCUGCAUGUGGUACUUUUUACAAGGGGAUAGGAUUAGGCUUUCAGCUCUCAAUGCUCUGCUUGCUGGUGGCAUCACAAAGCUGCUGCCAUUGUUUUGUGGGCUUUCCCUUUCUGUGACUUCAUUUCUUGUAUUCAUUCAGCAAACUACUCCGUUUUCACUUGCUGUCAAGGAUUUUAUAAUCUAGUAGUAGAGAAAAAUGUACAGAUCAUUAAUAUGCAGUACAGGAUAAAGGCUACAAAAAUGUCUAGAGAAAAUGUUGCCAAAACUUAGCUGGGAUAACGGGCAGAAAGGGGAGGAUAGGUGGAAGUCAAGGAGGGGGUCAUGGAGGUGGUGGCAUCAGGUUUCUUACCAUUGAAUUCAGCCUUGAGAGAUUUCUACAGGUAAGGAAGGGGACAGGAACAAAGGCAGGAAAGUUAAAGAUCUAUUUGCAAGACACCAAGGACUCCAGUUUUAGCAGCUGAAAUGGAGAGUAAUCAAGGGAAAUAACGGCUGGGAAAAAAAAUAUUGGGCCAGAGGUAUAGGGCUUGGAAUGUGAGGCUGAAUAGUUGGUGUUGAUCCAGGGCUGCUGGGGGAAACUGAAGGCUUUUAAAAAAGUGAGAAUUAAAUUUGGGCUCUCUGAAGAAUAAUGAGUGCUGUGGACAGGGGAGAGGUACCAAGUCCCUGGCCUGUGACUUAAGGUGAGGUUAUUUGUUGCUUCCAUAUCUGUCCUCUGUGGUAUCCCUGGCAUCUGUGUGUGACACUGUGGACAUGGCUGCCCCAAGCAAGCAGUCUCACCAGGACUCUCUUCUCAAAGAGGACAGACUAUGCCCAGGGUCAGGGUUACCACAUCUUUAGAGUUCUUCCGCUGGCUGCCUCCCUAGUUUUUCACUAGGCACUGAUACGAAGCAGACAGGGGCCACUCAGUGUUGCCAGAUUAAGCAAAUAAAAAUACGGGAUGUUAGUUAGAUUGGAAUUUCAGAUAAUGGAUACAUUUUUAGUAUAACUGUGCCCUGUGAAAUAUUUGGUUUCUCUGAAAUUGCAAUUUAAGUGGGUGUCUUGUUUAAUCUGACACUCCUAACCACCUUCAUUCUUCUCUGCUCCUGGCCCUGCAUUCUGCUUCCUCUUCUCCCAUUUUCCAUCUGUUACCUCCUGAGUUAGUCUCCUAGUGGGUCCAGAGUCAGAUAGAGUAUGUGCUGUCCAGGAGGAGAUCAGUCUAGUCGUUUGGAGGAUGGGUGUCCCAACUCAGUGCCAGGGUUUGGGACAUGUGUGCAGCAUGAGGUACAGCUUUCUGUCUAACCAGGCAGGAAGAAAGACCUUGUGUUCCAAUGUCAGAAGGGACAGGAGAAUAUCAGGCCCUCCGGAGACUUCCAGGUUUCUGCUUGGUGUCUCAGAAUGUACCCGGGGCCCAGAGAUGAUGUGCCUGCAGUUUGGCUCCUCCCACACCUUCUCCUCCUCUCCCUUUCCAGUUGUCCCAGCUACUCACAUGCCACAAACAUGCAUGGAGCUCCUGGACCCAGACAUACUCUUUCUGAGCUCAUACUAAGCCCUUUGCCUACAACACCCUGCCCACAUUCUUUAUCCAUCAGCACCUCCCCAUUUCCCUUCCUCUGUCCCAGCCUGGACCCCGUGCUCUGGGCCAGCAAAGAACCCUCAGCAAACCUCCCUCAUAACCUUCUCCACACUUGAUUGAUUCUGCCUGUUACUUGUAUGUCUCUCCAUGAGAGUAUGGGCUGACCAGGACCUGGGUCUUCACUAGUGUCUCCACUGCCUACCAGUAUGCCUGUACCCAGUGGAUGCUCAUUAGAUACGUGCCAAACGAACAGCAGACUCUUUUCAGAAUGUUUACUGUCCCUUAAGCCCUUGUUUAUGUCCCUCAGAGAGUACCCAAUUCCAGCCUCCCCUGACCCAGUAUAUACACCUGGACAUUUCACACCUCAAGGCUGACUGGGUUUUUUAGCACAUUUUAUUAGCAUUAAAGUAAACCCAGCAGGAAAAUCUCAGCCCUCAACCUGCCUGUCCCUACACCUUCCAUAUGCCCAGACCAGCAAGGCCUCAGGUGUCCUGGCAUGAGCCAAAGACACAGCCGCAGCCUCUCCCCUUUGUCCCUGCCUUCUAGCCCUUCUAGCUUCUGGUGCUGCUCCAGGCCUGGACAGUUGCUUCAGGUCAGGUGGUGGUUCCCUCCAUGCCCUCUUUUGCACACAAUCUUCUAUACCUUCUGGAACCAUCUCCUCACUGGCAUCAAAUGCCCCUUAUCAAGUCAUUUAUUGCCUGCAUUGUUAGGGCUUGAGGGAAUGAGUAAAGAGAACCACAUUGUCUGCCUCCGGCGCGUUCCCCCGCUCCCCCAAGCCUAAGAAACCCUUCACCUGGAUACGUAGAGUGAGCAAAGCACAGAUGGAUGGCAUGUUCUGUAAGGGGGUACCUGAAGGAGUUCCGCACGGAGCAGUGUCCACUCUUUGUGCAACACAAAUGCACUCAGCACCGGCCCUACACCUGCUUCCAUUGGCACUUCGUGAACCAGCGACGUCGCCGGUCCAUCCGCCGUCGGGACGGCACCUUCAACUACAGCCCCGACGUCUACUGCACCAAGUACGACGAGGCUACGGGCCUCUGCCCGGAGGGCGACGAGUGCCCAUUCCUGCACAGGACCACAGGGGACACUGAGCGCAGGUACCACCUGCGCUACUACAAAACUGGAAUCUGUAUCCACGAGACAGACUCAAAAGGCAACUGCACCAAAAACGGCCUGCACUGCGCUUUCGCCCACGGGCCCCAUGACCUCCGCUCCCCUGUCUACGACAUCAGAGAGCUCCAGGCCAUGGAGGCCUUGCAGAACGGCCAGACCACAGUAGAGGGCAGCAUAGAGGGCCAGACUGCUGGGGCUGCGAGCCAUGCCAUGAUAGAAAAAAUCCUCAGUGAGGAGCCUCGGUGGCAAGAAACUGCCUAUGUGCUGGGGAACUAUAAGACGGAGCCGUGCAAGAAGCCCCCGCGGUUGUGCCGCCAGGGUUAUGCCUGUCCCUACUACCACAACAGCAAGGACCGGCGGCGGAGCCCCCGGAAACACAAAUACAGGUCAUCUCCAUGUCCAAACGUGAAACACGGGGAUGAGUGGGGAGACCCCGGCAAGUGUGACAAUGGAGAUGCCUGCCAGUACUGCCACACCCGCACGGAGCAGCAGUUCCACCCGGAGAUCUAUAAAUCCACCAAGUGCAACGACAUGCAGCAGUCGGGCAGCUGUCCCCGAGGACCUUUCUGCGCCUUUGCCCACGUAGAACAGCCACCCCUCAGUGACGACCUGCAACCUUCCUCAACUGUGUCCAGCCCCACUCAGCCAGGUCCUGUCUUGUACAUGCCAUCUGCUGCCGGAGACUCGGUGCCCGUGAGCCCCUCCAGCCCGCAUGCCCCUGACCUCAGCGCUCUCCUCUGUAGAAACAGCAGCCUAGGCAGCCCAUCUAACCUCUGUGGCUCCCCCCCGGGCUCCAUCAGGAAGCCCCCGAGCCUGGAAGGCAUUGUCUUCCCUGGGGAGUCUGGCCUUGCCCCUGGCAGCUAUAAGAAGGCUCCUGGCUUUGAGAGGGAAGACCAGGUGGGAGCCGAGUACCUGAAAAAUUUCAAAUGCCAGGCCAAGUUAAAACCCCACUCACUAGAGCCCAGAAGCCAAGAGCAGCCUCUACUUCAGCCCAAACAGGACAUGCUGGGCAUCCUUCCUGUGGGCAGCCCCCUGACCUCAAGCAUCUCUUCUAGUAUCACCUCCAGCCUGGCAGCUACGCCCCCUAGCCCCGCUGGCACCAGCAGCGUCCCUGGCAUGAACGCAAAUGCCCUGCCUUUCUAUCCCACCAGUGACACGGUAGAAUCAGUCAUAGAGUCUGCCCUGGAUGACCUGGACCUGAAUGAGUUUGGGGUGGCUGCCCUAGAGAAGACUUUCGAUAACAGCACGGUGCCCCACGCAGGCAGCAUCACAAUUGGCGGCAGUCUGCUGCAGAGCUCUGCGCCCGUGAACAUCCCUGGCUCCUUGGGCAGUUCUGCUUCCUUCCACUCAGCAUCCCCGUCCCCUCCUGUCAGCCUCUCCUCGCAUUUCCUGCAGCAGCCCCAGGGUCACUUGAGCCAGUCAGAAAACACAUUUUUGGGGACCUCAGCAUCACAUGGAUCUUUGGGUCUGAACGGGAUGAAUAGCAGCAUCUGGGAGCAUUUUGCCUCUGGUAGCUUCUCCCCAGGCACUUCUCCUGCCUUCCUGUCAGGGCCAGGGGCUGCUGAGCUGGCCCGGCUGCGGCAAGAGCUCGAAGAAGCCAACAGCACCAUCAAGCAGUGGGAGGAGUCCUGGAAGCAGGCUAAGCAGGCUUGUGAUGCCUGGAAGAAGGAGGCAGAGGAGGCCGGUGAGCGGGCCAGCGCAGCAGGCGCGGAGUGCGAGCUGGCCCGGGAGCAGCGGGACGCGCUGGAGGGGCAGGUUAAGAAGCUACAGGAAGAGCUGGAGCGGCUGCACUCGGGCCCCGACGCACAGGCCCUGCCCACCUUCUCCGACCUGGAGGCCCUCUCACUCUCCACCCUCUACUCCCUCCAGAAGCAGCUGCGGGCCCACCUGGAGCAAGUGGACAAGGCCGUGUUCCACAUGCAGUCGGUGAAAUGCCUUAAGUGUCAGGAACAGAACCGAGCAGUGCUGCCGUGCCAACAUGCCGUGCUGUGUGAGCUCUGUGCCGAGGGCAGCGAGUGCCCAGUCUGCCAGCCUGGCCGGACCCAUGCCCUCCAGUCGUGACCCCACUUGCCUGGCCCCGGCCCGGCUCAGAUCUUCUUACCUAGGACUUUUUAAAGUAUAUAUAUGUAUGUAUGUAUGUAUGUAUGUAUAUGUAUAUGAUUCUGUAUAUGUAUACAUUUCUGUACGUGUGCAGGUAUGUGUGGGCGGCAGUGUGUGAACAGUGUCUGUGUGUAUAUCUGUACAUAGAUAUAGACACACACUUUAAAACAGACUUACCAAGCACUUUUUAAAAGAAAAAACUAUUUUGCAGCCCUCCCCUUGCCCACUCUCUCUUUUCCACUGCAGAGACAAAGUCCCCUCUUCGCCCACUGGCCUUCGGCAGGGGAUACGUUUGUCUCUUUUUAAAUGUAGGAAAACUAACUAGUUUUAACUUCUUCCUGGGGCCCAAGCGGGAAGUUGGAAGGGGCUGAGGGGAGGGACCAAGCCUUCAGGGCAGGCCCUGUUCACUGCACCUCCCCAGGCCAGGGAGAGAGCCAGGGCUGUGGACAUCCCCGGGGCACACCUGGCUCCCAGCUGUGAGGCCCGAGGGGACGUGCUGGGGUCGAAGCAGCCUAGCUCCUAGGUGUACCAAAUGUGUGUGUGGUGUGGGGCUGGCAGGCCGAAGCUGCAGGGGCCCGUCCCCCUCCCAGCCCCGGGCCCUUGAAGCUUCUCGAGGGGCAAGGCCUGGGAGUUCUACCCCUCAGGUUCCUGAGGCCAGGGAUCCACCUCAGUCCUCUCCCCCUGGGCCCCCAAAGCAGCCCCCCUGGCCCCAGGGCCACCUACCAGACUGGCACUGCCCUCUUCAUAACCCCCCAGCUGCUGUCAGCUUCCCCACCCCCCUCUGGCAGCUAGCAGGGCAGUAGGUGGGGAGGAGCUAUGGACUGAGGACCAAGGUGGGGCUCAGGCCCUGCUCUCCUCCCCGGGAGGGGCUCUGUAUGCAUUCCUUGGUGCUCUCUGAGUGCAGCUGACGUCCCGCCCGUUUGGAGCGGACGCCUGUGUACGUGUGUGUGCGUGCCUGUCCGAUGUAUAUUGUGUCUUAGCUUCCAUUUUAAAAAUUGUUCUGUACAGAAAGAUGCAGUGGGUGCGGGAGGGCAGAGCGGGUGGAGGGGGGCCACCCUGCUCCCAGCGCUGGGGGUCUGGGGCGGGAGCAAGAGGGCUGUGAAGGGUCUGGCCUGGCCCAGGCUCUCCUUGGGCUCAGCACGAAAGGGCUUUCAAUGAAUUAAGUGAAAACUUUUUUUUUUUUUUU